GAUUUUAGCUAACAGCUCACUGCGCCGCACGGUCAUAGACACAUAGUGAUACAAGGUUUUUGUUUUCUUUGUACGUAACCUUGCACUUAUCGCCAUGAAGGUCACCGUGCUCUCGUCCAGGCCCGUCAAGCCCGAUUACGGCGCCUGCGGUGUGCCUCCGGGCAGCGCGGCCGACGUCGUCCCGCUCACCGUGCUAGACAAGGCCAACUUCGACGCGUACAUCUCCGUCAUCUACGCCUUCCGCCCGCCGGCGCCGCCCAACGCUGUCCUCGAGGCCGGCCUGGCCAAGGCGCUGGUGGACUACCGCGAGUGGGCCGGGCGGCUCGGCGUCGACGCGGCCACCGGCGACCGCGCGAUCCUGCUAUGCGACGCCGGCGCUAGGUUCGUGGAGGCGACGGCCGACGUGGCGUUGGAUAGCGUCAUGCCGAUGAAACCCACGCCGGAGGUGCUGAGCCUGCACCCGAGCGGCGACGACGGGCCCGAGGAGCUGAUGCUCAUCCAGGUCACGCGCUUCGCGUGCGGGUCCAUCGUCGUGGGGUUCACCGCGCAGCACCUCGUGUCCGACGGCCGUGCCACCAGCAACUUCUUCCUCGCGUGGAGCCAGGCCACCCGCGGCGUCGCCGUCGACCCCGUCCCGGUGCACGACCGCGCCUCCUUCUUUAAACCACGCGAUCCGCCGCAGGUUGAGUACGAACACCGCGGCGUUGAGUUCAAGCCCUACGAGGAGGUCGACGAAAACGACGACGAAGGCCACGCCGGGGACGGCGACGUGGUGGUGGUAAACAAGGUGCACCUCAGCCUGGAGUUCAUCUCCAAGCUCAAGUCGCGGGCGUCGGUGGGCGCGCACCGGCCGUACAGCACGCUGCGGUGCUUGGUGGCGCACCUCUGGCGGUGCGUCACAAAGGCGCGCGGACUUGACGGGAGCGUUUCCACCAGCGUUGCCAUCGCCGUGGACGGCCGAGCGCGGAUGAGCCCGCAGGUGCCGGACGGCUACACCGGCAACGUCGUCCUCUGGGCGCGGCCCACCGCCACGGCGCAGGAGCUCGUGACGAGGCCGUUGCAGCACGCGGUGGAGCUCAUCAACCGGGAGGUGGCCCGGAUCAACGGCGAUUACUUCGAGUCCUUCAUCGACUUCGCCAGCUCCGAGGCGGUGCAGAAGGAGCGGCUGGUGCCGACGGCCGACGCGGCGGAGAUGGCGCUGAGCCCCAACAUCGAGGUGGACAGCUGGCUGCGGAUCCCGUUCUACGACCUCGACUUCGGCGGCGGGCAGCCAUUCUUCUUCAUGCCAAGCUACCUGCCGGUGGAGGGCCUGCUCAUCCUGCUGCCGUCUUUCGCCGGCGACGGGAGCGUGGACGCCUACGUGCCCCUCUUCAGCCGCGACAUGGACGCCUUCAAGAACUGCUGCUACAACCUCGAGUAGAUUUACAUCGAUGGUUGUUUUGAAAUGUACUCUCCUUUUUACUUUGCAUAUUUGAAUUCUCUGAAGUCAAA